AACUGGUGGAUGGUUUGAUGGAUCUAAACCCUUCAUAUCAGUCCCAAGAACAAAGAAUGAUACUGGAUUAUUUGCACCGGAUUAUAUUCUCAACUCAAACUUAUUCCAAUAUCUAGUUAAACCACCCUCGUAAAAAUAAUUGUUCUUUUGUAAAAAGCUGGUUUUGUGAUGUAUAAGAAACCUCAGUAAAUCAAGGAAUGUAUUAAAGGAACCAAUAAUGACCCUCCAUUGAAAUUCCGUUGACUUAGAUUUAUCUGUGAGUAAUUACAUUUCUGAAAAGCUGGUUUUAACAUGAACUAGCAUCUAUCUAUAUAUAUGAAGUUGUAAUCUCUGCUGGUUAAUUUGUUUGUCCGAUCAUAACUGAGGAACCCCUUGACCGAUUUACCCCAAACUUUGGGAACUCUGGAGACCAGCGGAAAUGUUCUUAGCUUGGUUUUAAGAUUCUAAGUUGAAUAGGUCUAAUUUUAUAAGAAAAAUUUAGUUUCCCGGUCAAAUCGACCGAGUGCGGGUAAACGAAGAGAGUAACCAUGAGAGUAUCCUGGGCAACGCUGGGUUCCCAAGCUAGUAUUAUAUAAGCUUCUCGAUUAACAGCAUUUAAUGAAAAUUGUUGCAUACCAAAGAACCAACUUUUUAUAAAGGAAUAAAUAUUUAAG